AUGCUCAAUAUGGGCGGGCCAUCUACGGUCCCAGAGACGCACGACUUCCUCAAAAACCUUUUCUCCGACAGUGACCUCAUACCUCUGCCCUUCCAGUCCAUCCUCGCGCCCCUGAUCGCGCGUAGACGGACACCCCAGAUCGAGCAGCAGUACACCGACAUUGGCGGUGGCUCUCCCAUUCUGCGUUACACGAACCUGCAGGGUGAGCGCAUGGCUGCGCUACUGGACGAACUGCACCCGGCAACCGCACCACACAAGCACUACGUUGCAUUCCGGUACGCGCGGCCGCUGACAGACGAGACUGCGCGGCAGAUGAAAGCGGACGGCGUUCAGCGUGCUGUUGCGUUCACACAGUACCCGCAGUACAGUUGUAGCACCACGGGUAGCAGCCUGAACGAACUGUACAGGCGAGGCAAGGCGGGCGAGAUGGGUGACGUCGAGUGGAGCGUGAUCGACCGGUGGGGGACGCACCCUGGAUUCGUUGAGGCUGUCGCCCAAAAUAUUGAACGCGCACUGGCCCAGUUCUCCGAGUCGACGCGCGCCGAGACGGUGCUGCUGUUUUCUGCACAUUCGCUGCCGAUGUCCGUCGUGAACCGCGGAGACCCAUACGUCCUCGAGGUCUCGGCAUCGGUCGCGAAGGUAAUGGAGCGCCUCAAGCAUGCGAAUCCGUACCGGCUUGUGUGGCAAUCACAAGUUGGGCCGUCCGCGUGGAUGGGCAUGCAGACGAACGAGGCGCUCAAGGGGCUCGCGCGGUUAGGACGGAAGCAGGUGGUGCUGGUGCCUAUUGCAUUCACGAGCGACCAUAUCGAGACGCUGUACGAGCUAGACCUGGAAUACAUGAAAGAGGCAAAAGAGCACGGGAUGGAGAUACAUCGAGCAGAGUCGCUGAACGACUCGCCGGUGUUCAUUCGGGCGCUGGCGGACAUGGCGGCAGCACAUUUGCGGGACGGGCUGGCGGGGUCGGCGGGGCACACAAGCGUACAGUUGGGUCUGCGGUGUCCGGGCUGCACGAACGCGACGUGCGGCCAACAAAAGGCCUGGUUCGCGCGUGGGGGGCGCUAG